AGAGAAAGAGAAAGAGAGGCGGAAAAAAGGAAAACUCGAAAGAAGAAAAACUUUGCAUUUUAUUCCGGAUUAAUUGAAGGGAAAUCGCGCGCGGCCCAACUUCCCAACUGAGCACAGAGACGCCAUGGACGCGGACAGGGGUGGCGGUGGUGGGGGACAGGAGACGAAGGUCAUCUAUCACAUAGACGAUGAGACGACGCCGUAUCUGGUGAAGAUCCCCAUACCAUCUGCCCAGGUGACGCUGCGCGACUUCAAGCUGGUGCUGAACAAGCAGAACAACAAUUACAAGUACUUCUUCAAGUCAAUGGACGCGGACUUUGGUGUUGUGAAGGAAGAGAUUGCCGACGAUGCCACCAUUCUGCCCUGCUUCAAUGGGCGGGUCGUCUCCUGGCUGGUGUCCGCCGAUGGCACCAAUCAAUCUGACAACUGCUCAGAGCUGCCCACCAGUGAGUGCGAGCUGGGCAUGCCCAUGACCAUGCCCAUGCCCAUGGGCAGAAAGCAGGGCCAGCUUGGCCAACAGCAGCAGCAACAGCAGGUGCAGCAGCAGCAGCAGCACAUUCAGCAACAGCAGCAGCAGCACCUCCAGCAGCAGCCCCACCUCCAACAGCAGCAGCAGCAACAGCAGAAGCUUAUGAGCAAUCCGCUGAUGCAGCCGCCACCGCUCACAUAUCAAUCGGCAUCGGUGCUGUCCAGCGAUUUGGACUCGACCAGCCUCUUUGGCACCGAAUCGGAGCUAACCCUCGACCGGGACAUGACCGACUACAGCAGCGUCCAGCGACUGCAAGUGCGCAAGAAGCCGCAACGUCGCAAAAAACGAGCGCCUAGCAUGUCGCGCACCUCCUCGUACAGCUCCAUCACUGACUCGACGAUGUCUCUGAACAUUAUCACCGUGUCGAUCAACAUGGAGGCGGUCAACUUUCUGGGCAUCUCCAUUGUCGGCCAAUCGAAUCGCGGCGGUGACGGCGGCAUCUAUGUGGGAAGCAUCAUGAAGGGCGGCGCCGUCGCCCUGGAUGGCCGGAUUGAGCCCGGCGACAUGAUAUUGCAGGUGAACGAUGUGAACUUCGAGAACAUGACCAAUGAUGAGGCGGUGAGGGUGCUACGCGAGGUGGUCCAGAAGCCAGGACCCAUUAAGCUGGUGGUGGCCAAAUGCUGGGAUCCCAAUCCCAAGGGAUACUUUACCAUACCACGGACGGAGCCGGUGCGACCGAUUGAUCCCGGUGCCUGGGUGGCACACACCCAGGCGCUCACCUCGCACGACAGUAUUAUCGCCGACGCCAUGUCGGAGCCGAUUAAGGAGCGACUGGACCAGAACAACCUCGAGGAAAUCGUCAAGGCGAUGACGAAGCCGGACAGCGGCCUGGAGAUCCGGGACCGAAUGUGGCUGAAGAUCACCAUACCCAAUGCCUUCAUCGGUGCGGAUGCCGUCAACUGGGUGCUCGAAAAUGUGGAGGAUGUGCAGGAUAGGAGAGAGGCCAGGCGGAUUGUCUCUGCGAUGCUAAGGAGCAAUUACAUCAAGCAUACGGUCAACAAGCUGACCUUCUCGGAGCAGUGCUACUACGUGGUUAACGAGGAGCGCAACCCGAAUCUGCUGAACCGCGGUCCGGGCCAUUUACAUCCACACCAGCAUCCACACCCUCACGGACAUGCGCUGAGCCAUGCGGACACGGAAAGCAUUACCAGCGACAUCGGGCCGCUGCCAAACCCGCCCAUAUACAUGCCAUACUCGGCCACGUACAAUCCAAGUCACGGCUAUCAGCCGAUCCAGUACGGCAUCGCCGAGCGCCACAUCUCGUCCGGAUCGAGCAGCAGCGAUGUGCUCACCAGCAAGGACAUCUCGGCGUCGCAGAGCGACAUCACCUCGGUGAUCCAUCAGGCCAAUCAGCUGACCAUUGCCGCUCAUGGCUCCAACAAAUCCUCCGGCUCCUCGAAUCGCGGUGGGGGCGGAGGAGGUGGUGGCGGUGGCGGUGGCGGCAACAAUACCAACGAUCAGGACGUAUCCGUAUUUAAUUACGUAUUGUAGAGAAACCUUUCUUUUUGCAAUCAAAUUGUGUUUUUAAUUAAUUAAAUUAAAAUAUGUACGAUUAUUCUUUUU